CUUUUUGACAUGGCUUAUCUUUGUGUGCAUGCAUAAACUUAAACCCUUGCUGUUCCAUCUAUGAACAUCACCGAUAUGUUCAAUCCAUCGUGGCUUGCAUUGCCAAGAUUAUUUGAAAUACAGCAGGAUGCAUCGUUCAGGGAAAUUCAUCUUUACGCUUAUUUGUGGGUAUCAAGCCACACAUCGCAGAUCUCGGUCAUUUUAGUACCGAAACGUCAAAGCUAAAUUUCAUAUGCUUUCGGAAAAUGUCAAUCCCGCGGGUGGUUUGAGUGGCAUCGAAAGCAGGGGUACCAAUACGAGGUGUAUCUCAACCACCUUUUCGCUCCCGAGUAAGCUUCAACAUGUUGGUGAAAGAGAAUUUCAUUCUCAGCAAAAGCUACUUAAAGAGUCCAUUUUCGAUUCAUUUUCACUUUCAAAAUCCCAUAUCCCAUCACAUCUUUUGCUCCCCACCCCUUUUCCUUUUUGACAGAAUGGUUUCUACUAAAAUCUUCUUUGCUGUUCUUGCUUGCUUUUUAUCAUCAACCUUGGCCGAUCCUGCAACGACCACCUUCACAACGAUCACAACAAUUGCAACUGAAACAGUCACAACUCCGAUCGUAGUUGUGACAAGUACAAGUCAACUAGAUGAUGUUCUCACAACGACAUCUGUAACUCAAACGACUACGUUGCCAGUCCUUACUGAUUUGGCAACUACGACUUUGCCACAACAAGUUUCCACAACCACUGCCGCUCAAGCAACACAAACGAUCAUCAAUACUCGUUGUGUGAACUACAAGAUCAACUUUGCAAAGAAUUGUUGUCCAAAGAAGUACUGCAAAUCACGCAAUCAUCCUCACCCACAACCAAACGUACAAAAGAAUGGAAAACGUGAUGGAGUUGAAAAAGGUCUUUAUCCUCAUCGAGUUGUUGAAACUACAUUCCAAAAGAGAGAUAUCGUUGGACCUGUAAGUACAACGGCACCAUGUUCAACAACUGCAUUCCAAGACUUUACCACAAGUCGUGUUGGAAGUACGACAAAUAUUGUGACAAAUUAUGAUUUCGGUAAUGGUGCAACUAUGCGUAUUCAAGAUUUGUAUGCUAUCAACGUCUGUGGUGAUAUCUUCAUCGAUGGUACUCCAGCUGGUUCAACUUCUUGUCCUGCCCGUGAUGAUCCAAAUGCAAACUUGUCUCAAGGUGAAAGUGAUCCUGAUAAAGCCCUUACUGAAGGCUUUGGAUAUGCUUAUAUCACUGUCCCAGCUGGUAUACAUACUAUCUCCUUCAAAGAGACUUACAUGGGAGGUCAAGCAUUCUACAAGAUCAUCUCUUCCGAUCAAUGCCCAGCAAUUGGUUAUUAUGAUCAAAGAACUGCAACAUCGACCAUCACCGGAUACACCACCACAAUUGAAACAUUGCAACCAACAAAUACGAUUGUCAAUACUGAUCUUGUCACAGUCACCCAAACUCUUCCCCAUGAAACUGUGACCGCAACGGAAACUCCAGUAACAUUGACAACGACAAUCGUUCCCGCUCCUAUCCAAACAAACGUCGAUCAAUGUCAAACGGUCACGGUCAAUUUGUCUUGCCCUAAGUACCGUGCUCAAUCCAUGUUGGAUGGUUGGAUGUUGGGUCAAUUGAAGGGAUACAAGAACAAGUCCCCCAAGAAAGACGUUGAUGUCACUUGUUCUUCCAUUUCAGGAUCAUACUACUAUUAGGUAGUUUUCCCCCCUCCUCUCUAAGUUUUUUGUUGGUCACCAUUGUCAUCAUUCCCCCUUCGCAUUCGCUUCUUUUGC